AUGGAUGCAGAAAAGCUUAGUGAAGAAUUUUUACAGUCGAAUGCAUCGACGUAUAGCAAAAACGAAGCUCGUCAAAAACUUGGAGGACAAUUACUUACAAAAUUCGCUAAGAGGUGUGAAGCAAUCGUUUCUAAAGAAAGUCGCAAUAUGGAGAAUGUCGAUAAUUUGACGAAAGAAGUUGAACAAAGAGUUGAUUCAUUUCUUGAUUUGAAUAUAAAUGACAAAAAUUUGGAAAUAAAUGAUGAUCAUCAGGUACUUCGUAUAUAUUUCAUUGUUCUUUCUCAUUAA